AUGUCGCCAAGUAUUACCUGGGAUGUUGAAGGAAUUGCUUUUAUCAGUCGACAUUAUCUAAUACAUUCUGCUUCUACUAAUUUAACAUUAUACGAUCCGAAUGAUUCUUCCAGCUAUUCAAGUAGUGCAGUAGCAACGGUGAAAAUGUACAUUCUUGGUUUAGGCAAUAUCGAUGUUUCUGCAGUAAUGCUCUCUGGUAAUUCAGCUUUGCGAUGCAAGGAAAUUGGGGAAUUAUUUCAUUACCUUGGUACACAUGUUAGGUCUUCAUACCGGAUCUUAAUGGGUGACUUCAAUGUUAAUAGACAGCAAGAGAGUAUUAUGAAUGAUAUGUUAAAUGGCCAGUUUAAGCAAAAUUCGACGUGUUUCUUAACUUCACCGUACAGACAACAGCGAUUUAUGAAGUGGAAAGACGCGUGGAUCGAGGCUGAUCCUGGCUAUGCUGGUAUUACAUAUAGCCCUGUGCCUACUAUAGGUUAUAUCGCUCGCAGGGAUCGUAUCCUGUUAUCGAAUUCAUUACGCAUUAGACGAGCAUUGCUGGAAGGCUAUGGUGCUAGGUACAAAUCACUCUUCGUUGUUCUAGUUAUCUGGGAGAGAUUCAAAGCGGUCAUGAGCAUGGGAUAUUCCCAUUUUCGUGACUCACGAGGAGACGAUUGGUUUUACUAUGGUAGUACCUGCUCUUAUAAAUGCGGCAAUGGAAAAUCUUGUCGAUGUGGUGUUUGUUCAAACUCUCGCAACUCUUUCUGCUACCUAGAUCAAUGCACAGAAUGCACCAUGGUGCGAUUUGUGCAACUAACUUUAAUUCUCAUAUGCUUUUGUAUUUCAUCCCUGUUUAGUUGUAUACUGCUACUUAGACUAAGUAUUAAUAUUUGGUUAAACGAAAAUUAUAAUUUAACACCAUGCUCUUGGAUGACGAAUGGAUGGUGGGGCCGUGUACGAGCUAUUCGUAGAGGGUUCACGUUAUCUAAACUACAUAGUACUGUCUAUCGUAUUAUUCUUUGUCUCAUCCGUAAACUUAUUAAUGUUAGAAAAUUGCAGAUACCGUCGUUAAUCUUUCGUUUAAUACUUGCUUUCUACCUUAUAAUUAUAUCUAUUAUUGCUGCAAGAUGGGGUAUUUACGAUACUAUUCAUUUGAUCAAGACAGUUGUUCCGGAAGAGCAAUAUCCAGCCGAUCACCUAUGCUUAAUUGCCACAGUUGAAGCGGUUAAGUAG